AUGCGACCGACGCGUUGGACCCAACAGGCACGCCUUUUGGGGUGCCUUCGCGCACUACCGUUCGCUGCAUCGUCGUUCCGAACAACAACAUGCAUGACAUUGUCGUCCUCAACAAUGCCGUGGAAGGCAUCUGCUGAUGUCGGGGCCCUCCGUCACAGUAUGCGCUUUACAUCGGCAAAGCUGGCACGCCUCUACACACUGGAGCUGAACCGUGUCCGAAGCGAGUACCGCCGCUCGCCAACAAAGGCGCAGCAAGAGGAGUGCCUCCGUGCGAUCACGGAGACGCCACUGCACCGCAUACAGGGUGUUGAUGGCAAAACGGUGGCUCACUGCCUCUCCACCCUUGUCGUGCUUGACGCCCCGCACGACAUGCCGCUGCUGCACGACUGCGCAGUGUGGCUCUCCGUGCAUCCCGAUGCCUUUUCACCACACGCGCUGGCCCAGUCGCUCUAUGCGCUCGUGUGUUUGGGCUACCCUGACACUACCAACGUUGUGCGUGCUGUGCAGAAGCAGGCGCUGUCGGCCGCGAGCGAUAUGGCGCCCAGCAGUCUCUGCAUGCUACUUGCCGCUGUGCUGACAGCGUGCGCCGGGGCAGACGGGGCGGCGCAGGGAGUUGUUGACGUUUCACAGAAGCUUUCUGACCGUGUCCUGCGCGUCCUCGGUGAGGGUUUGGGUCUGACGGAGAAGGUAAUGAUCGCCGUGGCGCUCGGCAAACUUCUCGCACACACAGUGCCACAUGGCCUGCUCGCCGAAGACGCGCUGCAACAGAUUUCCGCUAGCGUAUGGGCGAGCGUGCCUGGGGCAGAGUUGGCCGUCGUGUCGCUGGCGGAUCUUGUCGGCCUCGUCGCGGCCGUGCACACCGCACCGCAGUCUAUCCGUGAGUCGGCAGAGGCGGCGCUCCUCGAGGAGCUCAAGAGACGCGUGGAGGCGCAGCCCCUCGUAUCCGCGCGGAGUGCAGUACAGGUGUCGGGUGCACUCCGGCAUGUUGUGCGCAGCACCCACCCAUCGGCGGGUGCGGUGCUGCAGACGCUGGUAGACGCACUUGAGGCGCACAUUGGCACCGAUGCCGUCACGCUGGGUGCUGCCACAAAGAUGCUUGCUGAGUUUGCGGCGGUGGAGGAGGCGGGCAUUGCGACGCCGCCGUCGUUGAUGCGGUACCUCGUGCAGGCUAUUAACGAGGGGCGAGAAAAGUGGAACGCUGAGUCUGUGCAUAUCGUGCUGCGGGUGUUCGCAAGGAAAGAAACGCUGCGCGCCGAUGCACAAGCCCUCGCCGCACAUCGUGUGGAGCUUAUUCAAGCAAAGUGUGGUGCCACUGCGCCAGUGGACGCGAGUGAAAUUGCCGCUCUUCUUGUGGAGGGCAUCGUCGACCCACAUGCGGAGGUGCUGGCUGCCGCUGUUGCCAACAACAUUGGUCGCUGGAGUGUGUCGAAUGCCCUGACGUUUCUGCGCGCUGCCGCGGAGGUAGAUGGAAAGCCGACGCGGGCAAUCAUGCGCGACGUGGCCUCGAAGCUUGUGCCGUACAUGGAGAAAGCAACAGCAGCACAGCUGGCGGCUGUCAUGUCGUCGUACGGGCGGGCACGUGUACGCAAUGAUGCCUUCUGUGCUGCCAUCACGGACAGGACCGCACAGCUGGCGUCGGAGCUGACGCUGCAUCAAGUUAGCAGCAUUCUUGGUGGCCUCGCUGCGGUUGAAUACCGUGACACCAAACUGUUUGUAGAUCUUGCACCGCUAGUUAUUGCGCAAGCACACACUGCCGACGUGGCGCAAACCGCCAGCCUCCUUGCGUCCUUUGCGAAAAUGCUUGUAUGGAAUUUCAAAGUGAUAUGGACCCUUGCAGAGCGUGCAGCGGUCAUCCACGACCAAUUCACGUUGCCGCAGAUACUUGCAGUUGUGAUGUCUCUGAAUCGUAUGGACGUGCAGCACCAAUCACUUAUGGAUGCCUUCCUGCAGAAUGUCAUGCGCUACGUCUCCCGCACCGACACCACAAUUUCACUUGCGGAGACAGUUAUGAUUUUGAGUGCUUUUUCCCGUAGUGGGUUGUGGGACGCUGCCUUCUUUGAGAGUCUCGGCAAGCGCGUGGUGGCGGAGCAGGAGAAGCUGACACCUGAUGAGCUUGCGGAGACACUCAUGGCGUUUGCACGUGUUGGUCUUACGCAGUACAAUAUUUUUGAGGAACUCACACUCUGCACACUUUCAAUGGCCCCCACCAGUCCACUUAUGCCGUUGGCGCACAUCACAGUGGCGUACGCCCUUGUCGCCUGCCGCCAUGAGGAACUCUUUUCCAUCAUCGCGGACCGGUUUGUGAACCAGAAGGCCGACGUGCCGGCGGUGACUAUCGCCUCGGUGCUGAGCGCCUUCGCUUCUGUUGGCGUUCGCAAUGACCGGUUGUUUAUUGAAGCCAUUCCACGCGUGCGCCACGUUGGUCAGUACGGCACACCCAAGGACAUUACCAAUGUGGUAUAUGCCUACUCACAGGUUGGCUUGUGGCACUACAAGCUCUUUGUGCGGCUGGCAGACCGCGCGAUCCAGCUGCGCGGCGAGUUUCGCUGCGACCACCUCGCACGACUGCUGGAAGGGUAUGCGCGUGUGGACAUGCGCUACGAGAAACUCUUCGUAGAGUUUUCACCGCGUGUUCAGACCAUCUCGCACCUCCUCACGGCGGGCGAGCUGACGAGGAUCGUUAGCGCCUACGCAAAGAUAGAAGUCCCGGAUGCCGCCGUGUUCAAGGCGUGUGGCGACCGCGCGGUGGAGCUGGCCGAUCACUUUGAGCAAGAAGAGGCACAGCAGCUGCUCACCGCGUUCCACCGGGCAAAGAUCGGCCACGAUGGUGUAAAGGCGGUCUUCAUGAAGAAGUUCCCGGAGGCGGUGGCGGCGGCGGCGGUGGCACGGAUGGACGAAGAGGAUGUGGCGGAGAUGGAGGACGAGGGAAAGGAGACGCACGCUGCGGGAAGUGCGUCGGCAGCUGGUGCCCGGGUAGAAGAUGGAAACGCUGCGGAAGAAAGUGGAAGGGGUGUCAGCGCUCAAAUGGCAGGCGCAUGA